AGAGAGUCCGAUGACGUCAGCAGUAUAUACACAUGCAUUCUGCAUAUAAUGGACGCUUUGAGGUGAAAAUCAUUCCGACCAGGUUCUCCUCCUGUGAUCGCUCUGAGCUUGACUUCGUUGACAAUUUGAGGGUUUUACAUUUUCUCGCUCUGAUUCGUCCGCGACGUUGCUGGAUUCCUAGGGAAUUCGGGCUUCGAUUCCGAGAUUCAUGUAUUGUGGCUGAAGGAGAGGGUUAGACAACUCCAUAUUUUUGUUGAAUGUCGGAGAUCAGGGAUUCCGGGCUUUCAUUAAUUGAGUUGGGUAGCUUUUGGAGUGAAGCCAGUGAGAGAAAGCAGCAUGCUAGGUUCUGGCAAUAACUUGAGCAGGGGUGUCGGGCCGUCAUCAGAUGUGCAACCAUUGCCUCAGUGUUUGCCACUGGAACCAAUUAGGCUACGCAAUCAGAAGUAUACACGCUCUGGAGAGCUUAGAAGGGUCCUCGGUGUCCCUGGUAGAACCUCAUCAGAAGACAAUUCUUUCGGAAUUGCCCAUCCCAGACCUUCUCCUCCUCCUCCUCCUGCAGCGACAGAGGAGCUCAAGCACUUCAAACAAAGCAUGCGGGAUACUUCCAGAGAAGCCGGGGAUCGAGCAAAAAAACUAGGUGAAUCCAUAUUCAAACUGGACAAGUAUACGGAAGCGUUAACUUCAAGGAAACGGCGGCGUAAUGAUACAUCACCUGGUGAAAGGAUGGAUGCAGUAAACCUAGAAAAGGUGAGAAGCCAUAUACCAAGAACACAGGACAGUAUGGCUCAGAGAUCAGGCGAAAGAAAAAAGAUUUUAGGGUUGAACAAGCGUGCUCGUGCGUCAGUGUCUGAUGUGCUGGGGAAUGGUAGGGUUUCUGCCCUUUCAAGACAGCAGGUAACAGAAAAAGAUUCUGAUUCUCUUCCAGGUAUCUCUGGAGAGACCGUGCAAAUUGAAGAGAAGAUACGCAGAUUGCCUGUCGGAGGUGAAGGAUGGGAGACAAAAAUGAAAAGGAAACGAUCUGUUGCUACUCUUGGCGACAGAGUUAUGAAUAGUGAUCAACGUGCCGUGCAGCCAAAGCUGACAGCUGACUCUAAGUUGCUUUCUUGUGACACCCAAAAUUACAGAUCCAAAUCUUCUUCCGGGCUGAGUGGAAUUAAUAGGCUAGAUGCUUCUUUUGAGCCUCACAGUCCAGAAGUCGGUACAUUGUCCAGGAAUGAGAUGGAGCCUGUUUCAUUUGCACGGGAUCAUUCAGUGCUUGCUGAGCAAAGGCUUAUGUCCAAGGGAAAUAACAGGAGAAAUUUGCAGGAAGAUGACCUGGCAAACAGGUCUAGUACAAUGUUGAAAGGAAAAGUUUCUAGGAUUCCAAGACCAGGCGCCGUUAUGGCUGCAGAACCUUCAUCUAGAGUUGAGCCCCCUAUCGGAGCGCUACGAGGUUUGGAGCAAUCGAAACGUAUUAACAAAAUGUCAGGACUAGUUCUGGGAAACAAUCACCAGCUUCAAAUGUCAGCAGGUUCAUCUCCACAUGGAAUGGCUCAAUGGGUUGGCCAGAGACCACAUAAGAAUUCUCGAACAAGGAGAGCAAAUGUAGUUUCUCCUCUCAUAAAGCAUGCUGAAAGCAAUAUUUCUUCUCAAGGCUUUUCAACAUCUGAUUUCAGUCCAAGAGCUUCCCCCGGAACCACUGGGUCAUUCUCGGUUGUUGAUAAUACCUCUUUAAGGGUGAAAAGGGAGCUGAAGAAUGCUUCAUCACCAUGUGGGUUAUCGGGAAGUGAGGACUCAGGAGUUGGAAAUAACAAACCGGGAGAGCAUGCUCUAGAGAGUAGUGAUGUGACCACUACUCAGAAAACAGGGGCACAGUUACUUUCUAUAAGAAAAAACAAGAUUCAUUCUGGUCAUAACGGAGAUGGUGUGUGGAAGCAAGGAAAAGGCGGAAGUGGUUCGUUGUUGAUAGCUCCCGGUUUUCAUCCUAACACAGUUAAGAUGGAGAAUCUACGAAUAGAAAAGCCUAUUCAAAACGCAAAGAUUGCGUCACAGAAAAAUAAAAGCAGAUCUGGGCGUCCACCCGCCAAAAAGCUUAAAGACCGUAAAGCUUAUACACGGCUUAGCUCAAAUGCAAAUUCUGUUUCAUCAGAUGUCACAGGUGAAUCUGAUGACGAUUGCGAGGAUCUGUUUGCAGCCGCCAACUCGGCACGGAAAGCAGCUGCAGAUCAUGCUUGUUCUGGUAAAUUUUGGAAGAAGAUGGAGUACAUCUUUGCUUCUGUCAGCUCAGACGACAUGCAAUAUAUGAAGGAUCAGCUUAGUUUUGUGGAAGAACUUGAUAUGUCGCUAAGAGAGGCAACCGCAAAUGGGUAUAAUAUCAUGGGUGUCCUGAUGCCCAAAGCUUCUCAGGGUCCUAGUGAUGAUACUGUCCACUUCUCAAAUCAAGCCUCAUCUAUUUACGAUCUUUCGUUUGAAAGAUUGGACAUGAGAAAGCUCAAUGAGAGUACUCCACUGUACAAGAGGGUGCUUUCUGCUUUAAUAGAAGAAGAUGAUGGAGAAGAAGUCGUCCAAUUCGGUGAAGGGAAAAAUCUGUUCCUUCAUUACGCGAGCGAUGAUUCUCACUGUGGCUCAUGUACCCACAUUGACACCGAAACCAGAGAAAGGGACAGAAUGGAAUCUGAAGUAGAAUCAAAUGCAGAUAUUGAAACCCUGAAGAAUUGCUUGUUUGACAGAUUCUCUUGCGAUAGGAAUGUAAAGACGUCAGUUUCUGGCCGUAGCAAUGAACAGUGGCUGGGAGGUGACGGUUUAUUGCAUUCUGAAAUUGCACUCGGCAAUGAGAUAUGGUCUAAUAGUAUGGAUCAGUUACAAACAAGGGGAAUAAACAUUCCCAACUUCUCAUCAUCUGACUCUCAGUAUCAGCUCAUGUCUUUGGAUGAUCGACUUCUUCUGGAACUACAGAGCAUUGGUGUAUAUCCUGAGGCAUUGCCUGAUUUAGCGGAAGAAACAAUAAGCUCUGAUGUUCAGGAGUUGAAGGAAGGCGUGUAUCAGCAGAUUCAAAACAAGAAGAAGAAGUUGGAGAAGAUAAAUAUGACCAUACAGAAGGGGAAAGAUGCUGAACGAAGGAAAAUCGAGCAUCUUGCAGUGGACCAGCUAGUGGAAAUGGCUCACAGGAAAAGACUGGCAAGCCGUGGUAGUAAAGGGUCGAAAGUCCAUAAAGUUUCGAGACAAGUGGCAUUGGCAUUUAUCAAACGAACUGUUGCUCGGUGCCGGAAGUUUGAAGAGACUGGACGUAGUUGCUUUGCUGAUCCCGCGCUUCAGGAUAUCCUGGUUUCUUCUCACAGCAACGAUCUGAAAUCUUCAGACAAUGGCGGGUCCGGAACAGCCAGUAACACUUACAACGAACCUUCUAAUCAUAAGGCUGAAGCAAGAGGAACCGGGGUGGUGUCAAGUACAAAGAGGAGAGAAGCUCUGAUCGACGAUAUUAUAGGAUGCGCUUCGUCAAAGGUCACGACACCAGGCCUAGACAGCGGUGGAAGAGACAGGGAACAGAGCAAAGGUUUGAGGAACAGAAUGAAGACAGAACACAGUAACAGCCAGCAGCCGACAAGGACUAGUCACACAACUGGUCCGUCGAGCUCUCGACAGCAGGAGGAGGAGGAUAUAGAAUUGGAGCUGAAGGAGCUGUAUUCCAUGGAAGAGACUGCUGAUAUCGGUAACUGGUUUGAUGGCUUGCAGGAUAUUGACACUAUGGGUCUUGAAAUCCCCAUGGAUGAUCUCUCCGAUGUUAAAUUGCUUCUCUAAUUAACGUUACAUUUUUUUUAUUAUUAUUAUUAUUAUUGUUGUUGUUGUUGUUGUUGUUGCUAUAUUUUUUGCUAAAUAUAUCUCAUCCAUAUUUGAAGUUGUUGCUC